AUGGAUGUUUACGUUGUACAUGAUUUGAAGAACGUCGAAGAUUAUUUUUAUGCUGAAACAAAACUUGGACGAGAAAAUGAUGUUUAUGUUUAUCUAUCAAAACGAUAUCAUAAUCGAUGUUUAUCAUGUGAUCUAAUUGCUAAAGAAGAUUUAGAUCUUUUUCGUGACAUUGCUGAUGUAAUGAAAGCACGCAAAGAAUUACAACCAAUUGUUAAACGUAAUAUUGAACGUAAAAAAAGAAAAAUAAUCUCGUGCCAAAUUAACUGUAUUAACACGUACUACAACAAAUGGACGAAGUAG